GAUUGCAACAGGCGAGAGAGCUCCCCGGCCUUCAAAGCUGACGCGAGGACGCACUGGGAGAAGCCCGGUCACGACAGGAAGCUAGACGAGGCCUUGAAGAGGACGCACACCGACUCGUUGAUAACUAAACUCAGCGACAGCGAUCAUCACUCGGACCAAGAGAAGAUUCAACCUGUCGAGGAAAUUCGUGCGCCCACGGAGAAACCAAAGGUGGCCGACGCAAGGAAACGAGGACGACCCAGAAAACCGACGAAGAGCCCGAAGGCUAGCCACCGUACGUCCGAGGAGAGUAUCAAGAAUGGGAAACCUCGCAGCAGAACGAGAGGUGUGGGCAGCCCGAUGAAGAAGAAGCAACCGAUCUCGAAGCCUACCAUCGCUACCAGCGACGAUGGCAGCGACGACAGAUCCCCCCAGGGUGCUUCCAGCGAUUCCGAUAGCGAUCGACCGGUCAGAGUGUCGCCCGUGGUCGCCCCGGUGAACGAGAAGAGACGGUCGCGUCUGAGCGGUUCUUCCAGCGAGGAAGAGACCACGCCGACCAGGAAGAAUAAUAGUGCCUCCGAUGACGAUACCUCGCGCUGGAGGAGGGUCUCCAUUAAGAGGAACAAACUCGCGGACUCGCCGAAGAAACAGGAGAAGAAGAAGAGCCCGACUAAAGCGAAAUCGAGGAGAUCCAGUUCACGUGUAACCGCCGCUGGCUCGGAUUCGGAUAGCGAGUCCGAGGUGUCGGUGAGGAACAGUCAUAUCCAAGUCGCCAGGGUACCCCCCAGACCAAGAUUGCCGCAAACGAGGACAACAUCCCCAGAGAACUCGGACAGCGACAACAGUCCAGGUCCGAAGCUACAAGAAGAAGACGCAGGCAAUGUGCAGGACAAGAAGAAGAGCGACACGCUCCGGAGGGUUUUCUCCACCUCGGUGGGCGGUGGAAAGGGUG